AUUUGCAGCUUCCCAUUACGCCUCAAUUCCCAAACUAACCCUUCAACACACGCCACCGGGCCCAGAAUCUCAGACCCAUUACAGUAAUUCCGUACCGCCUGACGUGUCACCCCCAAAGCCACCUAUCACCAUCGAGCCCUUCUCUCGAUCAGUACAAAGCGUUCCCUCUUAUAGGAGUCGCGUGUUCGUUGCUUUCGUUCCGUCGGCGUCCAUGGCGACUGGUAUUUUCCGGCGAGCGGUGACUAGGGCUCAGGCAGUGGCGGCACCGGCGUCGAAUAUGGUGCGAGCGAGAGCGCACGCGUCGGGGGCCGAAGCUCCCAAAGCCCGAGACAACCCGAGCCUCAAGACCUUCGCCAUUUACCGGUGGAACCCGGACAAUCCGGGCAAGCCGGAGCUCAAGAACUACGAGAUCGACCUGAAGGAGUGCGGGCCCAUGGUCCUGGACGCCUUGAUCAAGAUCAAGAACGAGAUGGAUCCGUCGCUCACCUUCCGGAGAUCGUGCCGGGAGGGGAUCUGCGGCUCCUGCGCCAUGAACAUCGACGGCUGCAACGGCCUCGCCUGCCUCACUAAGAUUCCGUCGGGGACGUCCUCCACCAUUACGCCUCUGCCGCACAUGUUCGUGAUCAAGGAUCUGGUGGUGGACAUGACUAAUUUCUACAACCAGUACAAGAGCAUCGAGCCCUGGCUUAAGCGCAAGAGCCCGCCGCCGGUGGCCGGGAAGGAGAUCCCGCAGAGCAAGAAGAACAGGGCCAAGCUGGACGGGAUGUACGAGUGCAUACUGUGCGCCUGCUGUAGCACAUCCUGCCCCAGCUACUGGUGGAACCCUGAGACCUAUCUCGGUCCCGCUGCCCUUCUCCACGCUAACCGGUGGAUAAGUGAUAGUCGUGAUGAAUAUACAAAAGAGCGACUGGAUGCAAUUUGUGAUGAAUUUAAGCUGUACCGUUGCCACACUAUAUUGAAUUGUGCCCGUGCCUGCCCAAAAGGUUUGAACCCUGGAAAGCAGAUUACACACAUCAAGCAGCUUCAGCUAAAAAACCCCAUCUAAGUUUUUAGCUUUCAUAACAUGCAAUUCACCUCUAAACCUCUGAAGAUUUUUGAAGAUCCAUAUUCCCUGUGUUGGACCUAAUAAUAUAUGCUCUGAUUGUAUGUUUGCAAUCUUUUACAUCGUACCCUGUAUUUAAAUUUUGGAGUUUCCAAUAAAUGUUCAUAUGACUGCCUGUCCAUCCAGACACUGGAUGUCAUUUUCUGCUUUCAUCCUGUGUAUUUAAACUUGUUAUGGAAUUUAGUUAAUUUUCACUUGACA